UCUAAGCGUAUGUCCUCUGCACCCAGAAGUCUCUCUACAGAUCAAUCCCAACCACGGAUUUGUCCAUGGCCUCCAAGAAAAUAUUCUAUUCCUACAAUCCGCUGUGUGCGCUCCUACCCACCUGACGGCUUAAGUCUUCUGCGGGAGGUAGAACUACUAGGGAACAGAGAGCACAGAAUUCGGUCGGCCGGCGCGAGUCGGGAAAAAAGCCAGCGAAUCCUCAUUAGUAGCGCGUGGCCGCCUGGGCUGAGGGGCUGAGGGCCGUGAACUGUAGCCGCGGACCCGCCCUCCCAGGCCUCCUGGUCCUCCCCAGGCCGCCGAGCCGCCGGCGCCGCGCGCGCCUCUCCAGCCGCCCUCUCGAGGCUUGACAUUUGCUCCGGAAGUGGCUCCGGAGCCUGAGGCGGGCCUAGGAUUUUACCGGACGAAAAGACCGACGCCCCCGCUGCCUUCACGCCCCGCCCUCCGCUCCCCUAAGUUAAAGAGGAAGAGCGGGCCGUUGGGUGGCUGGUUGGGUGAGUCGGCCUCUGCCGCGCCCGGGAGCCAGCCGCCGCACUUCCGGCGGCCGGAGCCCCGCGCACGCUCGAAGCCAUGUUGAGGAGCUGCACCGCGGCACUGCGCACGCUCCGAGCCCUGCGCGGCAGGCGGGAAGGCGCGUGCCCCGCUGCGAGGGACCCGGUACUCGCGCGGAGGUGGUUUUCUACGGAGAAAGUCAUUCCUAGGGACCAUGCUCUCCCCAACCCCAGCUGGAGCAAGGACUUAAGACUCCUCUUUGACCAGUUCAUGAAGAAAUGUGAAGACGGCUCCUGGGAACGUUUACCUUCAUAUAAAAACUCAAAGCUUGUGAAAGAACAACUGUCACAGGCCCAGCUCUUCACCAGAGGCUAUGAGGAUGGCCUGGGCUUUGAAUAUGUGAUAUUCUAUAAUGAUGAUGAGAAAAGGACAGUUUGCUUGUUUCAAGGAGGUCCUUAUCUGCAAGGGGUACCUGGAUUCCUUCAUGGAGGUGCCAUUGCAACAAUGAUUGAUGCUACUGUUGGUAUGUGUGCAGCUAUACCUGGGGGAAUUGUCAUGACUGCCAAUCUCAACAUCAAUUUUAAAAGACCUAUCCCCCUCUGUUCUGUUGUUGUGAUAAAUAGCCAACUUGAUAAAAUUGAGGGGAGGAAAUUCUUUCUUUCUUGUACUGUUCGAAGUGUUGAUGAGAAGAUCCUGUACUCAGAGGCAACGGGCUUAUUUAUAAAGCUGGAUCCUGAAAAAAGUUUGAUAUAAAAGAGCUUCUGGUGAAUUCCAUACCAAUCUGCGUAAGGCUGUCCCUCCUCCAGAAGAAGCAGUUGUCUUCAGUCCUAUUCUACUCACCCACUGUUGAAUCCCCCAUCGGGUGAAGUCUGCUAACACGGACCUUCCUAAACAAGUCUUUUGAAUACAAUUCCAGGAGCUCCAUUUCCACCUUCCAAACUUUUUUACACAGAGACACUCCCUGUGAGAGUAUCAGCAGUUCUUUCUGUCUCCUUAGGAUAAGUGUCUGGUUCUCCUAAAAUUUGAAUGGGCUCCUUAAGUUUGCAUAGGUGUGAUGUCUGAUCCAUUGCAUUCUGGAGAAAAAAAUCAUAUUGAAACUUUUACCACAAACUUGGAAAUGCCAGAAAACCAAAGAAAGGAAUAAAUAUGUGGGUGCACGAA